UUUUGCUGUCUUUUAUGACUUGAUGCUUGGGCUAGAUGUCACGCUGACGGUUCUGCGUCUGGUGGCCGGUCUCUACUCUGGAGGCCAGGAGGUGGGGCGGCCUACCCCAUUGCCCCCUACACAGUGCCAGCCUGUAGGGGGUCAGCCCUAUACACACACUGUGCCCCCUGGGAACUAUGCCCCCCUGGCAGUCAAACAGCCUAUGCCCAGGAUGCAGCCGUCUCCCUCCCUGUCUCUAGUGGUUGAGCUUCAAGCUGCUGGAGGUCUGGACACCUACGGUCAGGAGGUCCAGAGGCUGGUGUCCCGGGGCUGGGCACGGCUGGAGCUCUUCGACCAGCACAACCAGGUCCAGAGCGGGUACUGGAGAGUGCCAGUACGUGCCCUCCCCGUCCGACCCUCCCUCAGUCCAAGCCAGCUCAACUCAGUCCCCCAGGUGGGCAACACGGAGCUGUGUCUACGGGUGGUCAAUGCUCGGGACAGGGACGUGCAGUCCCUCGCUAAGAUUGACCCAAGCAACACCAGCCACUAUAAGUACCCCUCCAUGGUGUCCAAUCUCCCUGCAACUCUUCAAGGAAAUAGACCCCUUCCCAUGUCAACAUUACAGCCCUCCGCAGCCAAUCACUUUCUCUCUCUCCUUCCCUACACUGACCACAAAGACCCUCCCCCCAUGGAGGAACCCAAUCAGAGGUGAUUGAUGAUGAUGAUUUCAGUGUUUGGAAAUCAGUAAAAUAAUCACUGUCAUUUUUAUUUAGGU